AUGCUGCAGGGCCUCAACGCUGAUCUCGACGGCAUGAACUACUCCCUCUCCGACUCCGUAAAAAUGGCCGAAAUGGUCUUCGCCAGCGGCGGAAAAGCCGUCAACAUGACGGUGGUGGACACGGCGUGCUGCGCCGGCAAAGGACGGUUCGGGGAGGGCCAGUGCAACACCUCCGCCAAGCUCUGCCCGAACCGCAACGACUUCAUGUUCUGGGACGGCUUCCAUCCGACGGAGGCGGCGUCGUUCGCGGCCGCGUUCGAGCUCUUCGGCGACACCGGCGAAUACCUCCACCCGAUGAACGUGAGGCAGCUGGCGGCGCUGUAA